AAGCCCACCAAAAUAUCACUUCUCCAGGAAACCUUCCCAAAUCUCCUCACGCCAUCCCAACCCCAUGUCCCCUUCUGUGGGGACGCAGGCCUGCCUCCGAGCUCCUCCUAAGCCAGCUCAGGGAAGGGCUCAGGCAUAGCUCGCAAAGAUUCAAAGGGUGGGCACAGAAGACAUCGCCCUUCCCUGUCGGGGCUUCACCUGCCGGACUGCGCAUGUGCGUAGCGCAGACCGAUCCAAGAGCUCAGACAGGUGUUGGCCUUCGCGCAGGCGCACUGGCCGCCGCCGGGAGCGCUUCCGUCUCCCUGCCGCCCCGCCGUCGCCAUGGCCGCGCCCGCCUCGGGCCUCAUCUCGGUGUUCUCGAGCCCGCAGGAACUGGGCGCGUCAUUAGCGCAGUUGGUGGCGCAGCGGGCUGCGUGCUGCCUGGAAGGGACCCAGGGUCGCUUCGCGCUCGGCCUGUCGGGCGGCAGCCUCGUGUCGAUGCUGGCCCGGGAGCUACCCGCCGCCGCCGCCCCCGCCGGGCCCGCCAGCCUAGCGCGGUGGACGCUGGGUUUCUGCGACGAGCGGCUGGUACCCUUCGAGCACGCCGAGAGCACGUACGGCCUCUACCGGACGCAGCUGCUCUCCAGACUGCCCAUCCCAGACAGCCAAGUGAUCACCAUUGACCCCACGCUGCCCGUGGAGGAGGCGGCCGAGGACUACGCCAAGAAGCUGAGACAGGCCUUCCAAGGAGACUCCGUCCCAGUUUUCGACCUGCUGAUCCUGGGGGUGGGCCCUGAUGGCCACACCUGCUCCCUCUUUCCAGACCACCCGCUCCUGCAGGAGCGAGAGAAGAUCGUGGCCCCCAUCAGUGACUCCCCAAAGCCACCUCCACAGCGUGUGACCCUCACGCUCCCUGUACUAAAUGCAGCCCGAACUGUUAUCUUUGUGGCCACUGGAGAAGGCAAGGCUGCUGUUCUGAAGCGCAUUCUGGAGGACAAGGAGGAGAAGCCGCUGCCCGCCGCCCUGGUCCAGCCCCACACGGGGACGCUGCGCUGGUUCCUGGACGAGGCGGCCGCCCGCCUCCUGUCGGUGCCCUUUGAGAAGCAUUCCACGUUGUAGCCGGCAGGGGCACGCCAGGGCCACCAGGGCCACCGAGGCUGUGCGCCAGGGACCUCCCGGGGCUGGGCCCCUCUGGCCACCGCUCCCAGCUGCGUUUGGGAGGAGCCACGUGGUGCUGCGAGAAGGAAGGGACCGGCUGCCAGCUCUGCCUGGGGGGUCAGCCACGCCGUGGGGCCGGGUGACCUGCGUAUUAAAGGGAGCAUUGCUGGAAG